AAACACUGCAAAAUUAAAUAUACCUUGUUUACAUUGCUUUCCUCCGCCAUGUCUUCAAGGACCGCAGCAACCAUUAGGCCACCGCAGAUCAGCAGGGGUCCAAAUACCUCCCAGCCUGCACCAGAACACAUCCCUUCAAACAUCAAUCUCUUUCUGACAAAUUUGCGUCUACUCGACUUGCAUUUGCGUUCAGACUGGCCAUCAAUCACCCCACAGACCUUUUCUACCAAGAUUGCUCUCCAGAACCAAAAGGCGCGAAUCUCCAGCGUAGAAUGGGCUUUAUUCCGACUUUUUGAGAUCUGGAAUCCUAUAGAAACGAAAAAUAAACUGCGGCCAUUCUUUCCGCCUCUUGAGCCUUUGCAGUCGCUGAACCUUCGCGCGGCGCUAUUCCGUGCCCUCAAUGAUCUCAAGAAAGAUGGUAUCCUUGGACGGGAUACAGUCCUUCGAAAGACCAUGCUGGACGAAUGUAAGGGCGAGAAACUGGAGGAAGUCCUCAUGAUCUUUUCCGCCGCCGUACUCAAAAAAGUCAUCCUGAGCGAAAAGAUUCCGGACGGUGUAUCAAGCCUCAUGAUGAAGCUCUCAACAACAUCUUACAUGUCCGCUAAGGAUCAAAAGCUUCUGUUGCCGCUUACCAUUGCCCACAGAGGGAGCCUAGUUGCUGCUUUGCAAAGAAAGCAAAAUGUUGCGACCAGAUAUGCCGAAUUCAGCGCCAUACUCAGAGCAAAGCAGGAACAGAUCGACGAGCAAAGAGAAAAGGCUGAAAAAGAAUUGAAGGAGAGUUCACAUCAGGAGCUGAGCGAUGCCGAAGUUGAAAUGUUGAAAUCAGAACUGAGAGCAAACUGGUUGGGCGAUCCUCAAUGGCUAAAGCUCUUAGUGGAGGGCGAAGGGACAGGAGCUGCUGAUCCUCUUCUGGCCUUGCCAUUCCAUGAGAUCUCGGCCAAGGUCAAGGAAGGGACAAUGAAAGAUCUGAAAUCAGGAGCUACUACAGGACUACUGGAAGAUCUCAAUGCACGUGUAACGGAGCAGCGGUUGCGACUUCAUCGGUGGAAGUUGUUCCGCGAAAAUUUCCUCAAACGCGAUGAGAGCCGUCAAGUGGACAUGUCCAAACAAGAAAAGAAGAAGCAGAAUAUUCUGUCGUUACGGUUCUCAGAACACACCGACCUUGUGCCGGGUAAACUCAACGGAUUGUAUACAACUGGAAAUGUUCCGCAUCAUUCUUCUGCCGCGGUGAAAUUUGAUCCUUCCUCGCAUGCUGCUUUCGACUAUCAGAACAUGACGCAAAAGCUAAUUUCAGAGUUGGAGAAUGUUGGAAAGGCAAAAAGGAAGGCAAAACCUAUACAGAGUGCUCGACAUGGACAUUCAUUAUCAGCGACAAUUGCUCUCGCAAAAGAAACAGAAAAGCAACAUGAAAAUCCUGAGCGGUUUGGUCUGGACGCUGACAGUGUCGACAAGCCACUUGGCUCCGGACACAUUCCAGGGAGGGGCGAAAGCGAUGUUGAAAUUGGCGCGACCAAUUUGGAAGAGCCCGAACCCUCAUCUGAGCAACCAUCAGUUCCUGUUAAAGAUUAUUCUCACAUGAGUCCUACGGCAGAAUUAGACGAUGAUGGAGCCAAUAUCGAUACUAGCGUUGAAAUGAGCAAUGAGCAAAGUGCACGUAUCAACAAUGAGCACGAUCUACAACGGAGGCAGUCACAGGGCGCGAGACAUUCAAUUGGGCUCAGCGAAGAGGAUAUGAUUGCAGAAAAGAUCGUUUUCUCGAUAGCAAAUGCUGAGCCUUCGCCCGUCAAGCCACAACGACCCCUCGCUGAGCGUGCGCGAAUGUCUUUGCGAUUUUCAAACUUGGGAUUCAUGGAAGAAAUGGUGAAGGACCAACCGCCCGAGAUUAACAUCGAGGACGCUCACCAGGAGCAUAUUCAAUCCUCGGAUGAAACAGACCAGAAACUUUCCCUGGCCGAUCGGACACGGAAAUCAAUGUCGAGCGCAUCUUCUCUGCAAAGGUCUGACGAUGGGAACGAAGCAAUAACGGCAAACCUACUUCCUAACAAUCCAUUUGAGACUCCAUUGAAAGCUUCCGGCAAAGGUGAUGCAUCCAGGGCAUCUACCCCCCGAGAGGAAUUGUUUAGUGCGGAAGCAGAGUAUGCCAGCGUAUUCAAAAGCAGGCCGAAAAUUGCAGUCAGCCCCACAAUCUCGCCGAUAAGAGAUGGUUUCUUGCCUGGACUUGAGGUCGAAGCUGAAUCUGAUGAGAAUGACGAGCUAGAAGAAGCUUGGGGUAGCUCCCCACUUGUCCGAACAGCGCGGAGAAUCUGAAUUUCUACAGCACUAUUUGCGUAUAUAGAUUAAGAUCUAAUCCUGAUAAUGGAUCCCCGUCC